AUGGCGGUAUCAGAAGCUGAAGCAUCUGCUAGGGAUCGACAAUCGACGACAUCAUCGAACGCACGGUUGAAAGAGUUUGGCCCAUGGACAGAGCAGUAUAGUUCAGCUGGGAAACGCUACUUCUAUAAUCGAGAAACUGAGGUAUCACAAUGGGAGAAACCUCCUGAAUGGCGAGAAUAUGAAAAGUUUCUGUCCGAAAAUGCCGCAAAUCAAAGUCCCAUCUCAUCUGCCUCUGGAGUUCGUAUUCCGUCAAGCAGCAAUGCUGCAGGAAUAUAUUUGGCCACUUCAGCAGAUUCUGCAGCAUCUGGUAAUAAUGGUGAUGUAAAGAAUAAAAUGAAAACGCACGAUGCAACUCAGUCAGCCGUGAGAGCGAAACGUCCGAAAAUUGAAAUGAAAGAAGAGGAUGCAAUCGGCCCAGUGAUUUUUUCUGAAGAGCAGCACCGGCGAUUUCUGAGAGCAGAUGCACAAACAUCCACUCGUCGAUGGCCAACAGAAGAUUGGGAACAAAGUGCAAUGAAAGCUGAUGCAGCCGCACAUAGUCUUACCUUGCAAAUCAUUUAUGUAUCUUGUGAUUUAAAAAGUGCUGGAUCGCUUGUCAAAACUGCUGAAAUGCGUUCUUCGUUAUUAGCACAAAAGUUGCAGUUUAUCGCAGAUCAUCAGCGACAACUAGAAGCAAGUUUUGCACUUCCUUCUUUGAACAGUUAUCAGUGA